CUAUGGUUUCUGUUUUCUGUCAGUUCGAUUCAGUGCUGUCAUGUGAAGCUUUGAUUGUUUGCUUUACUUAUUUCUAACGUUUUUAUUUUGGACUCUUGAAGAAAUUUUAAUUAUAGAUACGUUAAAAUUAAUUUAAACGUUAUAUAUCAUCAUAGCUACAUGUGUGGCGUUCCUGCGUUAACCCCUCUUCUCUCUAUCAAUAGUUUUAAAUCUUAUUUUAUGUUCGCAUAAAUAAAUCACGCGAAUCGUAAAUAGAUCUCGAUGUUUGUUUGUGAAUAAAAUAAGUGUUUAUCAGUGCGCGAGUGAAAUACAGAGCAGUCAAAUGUUAAUGGUUCUCGCGAUAAUUUCGAUGUUAGAAUCGGAUCGGGACGUACGCGCGAGGAGGGACUAUGUUGUUUAUCAGUGCCUUAGCGAUCGGGAUGGUUACCGGCUUGCAGAAUGCUACCACGGACGUUGCGGCGGUCAGUGACGUCACGGGGGCGCCGCGGCGCGAGAUGGUGCUGGACGGGCCGAAGCUGGCGCCGCCGAGCCAGCUGGACAACGUGACGGUGCAGGAUCGGCCGUCGAUGUGGGACAUGUAUUUGAAUCCGUGCGGUAAAUGGCGGCCGAUAAAUCACAUAUUUUUCCAAGUGGCCAAUGUAUUUUUUCUGCUGUCGUUCUUGGCGCCUCACACGCCGACGGGACUGAUAUGGUUGCGCGUGGCUCUGAUCCUCGGGUGCACGUUUUCUGGGAUCUGGGCGUGGAGUAUCGAGUGCUACCUGGACGCUGUGUUGUGGAACAGUGCAUUCAUAGCUAUAAACUUUGUGUAUUUCUCGGUGCACUUCUAUUUGAUGAGGCCAAUCAAGUUUCACAAAGACAUUGAAGAGGUAUACGUGGCUCUCUUCAAGCCGCUCCGAGUCUCGCGGCGGCAGUUCCGACGGGUGCUCCGCUGCAUGCGCAACGUGCGCCAUCUCAAGUGCCACGAGCUAUACGCGCAUGAGAAGGUCACCAAGGUGGACAGUCUCUCCCUCGUGCUGUCUGGCAAACUGGUGGUAUCCCAGAACCAGAGGGCGCUGCACAUCGUGUUCCCGCACCACUUCCUCGACUCGCCCGAGUGGUUUGGUGUCUCCACCGAUGAGUACUUCCAGGUGUCAAUAAUGGCGAUGGAAGAAUCCCGAGUGCUCGUGUGGCAUCGAGACAAACUCAAGCUUUCAAUCAUGUCGGAUGCCUUCCUACAGGCGGUGUUCGACCACAUCCUCGGUAGAGACGUUGUGCACAAGCUGAUGCAGGUGAGCGAAACGAUGGCAGUGAGCAACGGGCACUUGCCGAACAGUUUCGAGGAGGGGGAAGACAAGCCCAUGCUGGUCGUGAAAAAGAGCGGCGACGGGCCCGGCAUCACCGCGCUGCUCAACCGGCAGCUACAAGCGAGCGACCCCAACGCGUGGCGCCUCGGCCGCAUCGAGGAGACGGAGCACGAGACGCCCGUGUGAGGCCGGGGCGGGCGCGCGCGUGGCCCGCCCGGGCGACGCCGCCGCUAAUGUCCACCUUAUUGUCUACCCCACAGAGUUCUAACUCGGACGAUCGAUUAUGAAACUAUGGAGACCUCGGUUUUGACGAAGUGGAAGUUCGCUUUCGCUGUUUUAAUGGGUGUAAAUAAUUUUGGAUGUGAAUAUGGUGAAGGUCUAGUCGAUAUGAGUACCGCAAGAUAUUGUUCUCUGGCGCUAGGUUUGUCUCGAUAAUAAGAAGAGGUUCUUCGGAGAUUGGCAGCUUUUCCGAGAUAUGUGAGCUAAACGAAGUCAAAUCUACGCUAUAAGGGUGGUAUUCCAUCUAUCAAAUAUCUUUGUCAAAGUCAAAAAAAAAGUCAAAAAAAGUCAAAGUGUUUUUAUUUGUGAGUAUAUGUCAAACUGAUUACAGUGGCGGUAAAUAAAUACUUGUAGCACUAUACCCUGCCUGAUGGCGUACAAAAACUUGAAUUAUUUCCUUACAUACUAACAUGCGAAAUAAAUUUACAUAUCUAUAUAUAUAUAUACCUAGUCAUUAUUAAUAUUAAAGUCAUAUCAAAUCAGAACCAUUAAAAUUAUACAGCAAAAAUUCAGAAAUAGUGUAAAAACAAUUAUCAAUUAAAAAUGUCAGUAGUUUGUGCUUAAACUGAUUUAUGGGUAACAUUCUGAAUGGGACAGGCAAUUUGUUAUAAAUCUUACUAGCUAAGCAGAACACACUUUUGCGCAUUAGUGCAGUUUUUGCGGAAACAGGAAAGAGAUUCUGAGGAUACCUGGAAUCUCUAGCAAAUACCUCAGAGACCGUCCUGAAUAGUGUUGGGUUUGUUUUGAUGUACAUCGCAAUCUCAAAAAUGUAGAGGCACGGCAAAGUAAGAAUUUUCAGUUCUUUAAAAUGUGGCACACAGCUAUCUGUUAGGUGAAGCCCUCGAAUCGCUUUCACGCAUUUCUUCUGUGCCAUAAAGACGGCUUCCCUGUUAACUGAGUUACCCCAAUAAAUGAUUCCAUAGCGUAAGCUAGAGCCAACGAAACUGUGAUAAGCCAUCAUCACAGCCUCUGUACUGACUUGCUUGGAAAGCUUGUACAAAGCGAAAGCAUAUUUAUUUAAUUUUUUACAAACGGUCUCAGUAUGAGCUGUCCAAUUUAAAUGAUUGUCAAUCUGGACUCCUAAAAAACUUGUGUUGCUUACUGAUUCUAUAACUGUUCCUUCAUAAUUGCAAUCAAUGGGUCUCAUUACUUUUCUUUGAUAAAAAUGCAUUAUUUUUGUUUUAUUUAGAUUUAUUGUUAAAUUAUUGUUCUUGAGCCAUUCAAUUAUAGUAUGUAAAGUGUAAUUAAUUUCAUAUUCAUAGUCUCUAUCAUCUUUGCAAUCAAUUACUACUGUGCUGUCGUCGGCGUAGAGUACCAUUGGGUACUUAAUGUGUCGAGGAAGGUCAUUAAUAUACAGCAAGAAUAAAAGCGGACCUAGCACGCUUCCCUGCGGCACUCCAUACACUAAAUCUCGUUUAUCAGACCUGUAACAGACCUGUCUUUGUGAUUUAAGACAUAUCUGUGACAGUUCAGUGUACUGCUCUCUACCACUUAAAUACGAUUUCAUGAGAUUCAAUACAUUGCCACGAAUGCCAUAGGCACUGAGCUUCUUGAGUAGGAUUGAAUGAUCGACGUAGUCGAAUGCCUUUGUCAUGUCCAUAUAUAUAGCACAUACUUGCUCUCCUUCAUCCAUUUUUACUACAAUGGGAUGUAAUAAAUGAAAUAUGGCCAUAUUAAUGGUUUUUUGCUUGCGGAAGCCUUUUUGCUCUGAUGCAAACAGAUUAUGUUUUUCUAGAAAACCGUAUAUUGCUUCAUAAAUAACUUUCUCAAAGAUUUUAGAGAAGACUGUGGCAAGGGCAAUAGGUCUAUAGUUCGCUAGGUUCUUUUUAUCGCCCUUUUUGUGGAGGGGCUUUACAAUUGUUAUCUUAAGUUUAUCAGGAUAGAUUCCUUGAGAAAUACUUAUAUUUAAUAUGUGACUUAAUGGAUAUGCAAUAAUAUGUGAUACAUGUUUAACUACUUUGGUGCAAAUUUCAUCGUAACCUACACUACUCUCUCUUGUCUCACAAUUUUGCUUAAUGAGAGAGUGAGACGCAAUGACAUUAGAGAGGUGGAAUAGGUAUCACCCUACGAAACUCAUAUUUUACGGGACACAAGUUUUUCUUUACGAUCUUGGAAAAAUAAGUGAAAUUAUAGCGAUGCAAACUACGUACUUUAGCACAUUUCUAGCAGAAAGGAAGUCGCAAUAAGUUAGAUUAAAUGAAACUAAUGAUAUUAUUUACAUGGGGAUAGAUGUAGAAACGCUGUAAAGACAUGUUACAUAGCGCCAUAAUAAUAUUUUGCGGUAGUGUCAAUAGCCUUAGUUAAGGCAGCUAGUGAUAAAGCGGUGUAAAGUGAUAUGUGCGCUAUGGCUUGAGUAGUAAGGUCGGAAUUUGAAUAAGAUUGCUAAUGUGGUAUUAUUUUAUAUUUAUGAUUCAAUGUAAUUUGGUUUUGUUACUUUGCAGCUACGGUAAUCUGUGAUUAUAAUGCAAUUAUUUGUAAAUUUUAUUAUGAUUGAUUGAAAAUUAUUUCAGUAUUGUAUCACCUUGAAAAGGCUUUGGUUUUGCGUCCAUUAUAUUAUGAAUUAUAAUUAUUAUCUCAUUAUUAAGCACAAAUAACUUGAUUCCCAUUAGAUUAUUCAAUAAUUUGAAAGAUUGUGAAAGGGCGUAGAGGUGGGUUACUUUACUUGGUAAAUUUCCAACUGAUAAAACUCUGAAAAAUAUAUCUGCUCUGUUUUAUUGUUUUUCUAUGUUAGGCAUUAAAUAGUUAAGCCUAUCAGGGCUAAACAGGAUAUUAUUUUAUACAAGCUAGGUGUUGCAUACGAAACCUCAAUGAGUUAUAGGCACAUUUUGUUUCUUUUUUUGGAAGGGCUGGAUGUGUUAAGAACAGGAUAGCAAAAAAAUUAGACACUUGCAAAGACUAGAAUUUACAGUUACAUAUAUGUAAUGGAUAUGGAGAUAGACUUGUUGUCCCAAAAUAAAACUGAAGUAAAUAGAUUUGAUCAACAUUUUGUAUUAAAUAGCUCGUAUGAUAGAGUAAAAUGUAAAAAUAAUGUGUGUUUAAUCAAAAUGAAUUGAUUACCUGUAAACGGUGGAAGUCACAUUUAGUUAGAUGCCUAUUUACAAUUAAUAAC